AUGGCUUCCGGUUUCAAGAUUAUUGUCGUAUUCAUAUCACUGCUUCUCACUAUCAUUCCAUGUCAAGAGAUAACGGAUGAGGGGUUAGACAAACAUGAAUCAUCAGCAUUUGGAAAACGAGCCAAAUUUGCAUUUGCAAAACGAUACCCUUCGAGAUUUGCUUUUGCUAAACGAUAUGACGACGAGGACAUCAACUACUAUGACAAAAAGGCAAUGCAUUUUGAAUCGCCCAUACGUUCAAUGCGUAACUUUGCAUUCGCAAAACGUGGUCACUUCCUACUAUUUGAUUGA